AUGGGGGGCAGCAAGAACAAGUCCGGCUACUUCGACAAGCUGCAAGGCUUGUUGGAGGAGUACAAGUCCAUCUUCAUCGUCGAGAUUGACAAUGUCUCUUCCCAGCAGAUGCACGAGAUUCGCUCGUCUCUCCGCUCGCAGGCUGUUGUCCUGAUGGGCAAGAACACCAUGGUUCGCCGUGCCCUCAAGACCUUCAUCCCCGAACACCCCGAGUACGAGCGCCUCCUGCCCUUCGUUAAGGGCAACAUCGGUUUCGUCUUCACCAACCAGGACCUGAAGGAGGUUCGCGACAAGAUCCUGGUCAACAAGGUCGCCGCCCCCGCCCGUGCCGGUGCCCUGGCCCCGGCCGAUGUCUGGAUCCCUGCCGGCAACACCGGCAUGGAGCCCGGAAAGACCUCGUUCUUCCAGGCCCUUGGCGUCCCCACCAAGAUCGCCCGUGGUACCAUUGAGAUCACCACUGACCUCAAGCUCGUCGAGGCCGGCAGCAAGGUCGGCCCCUCCGAGGCCACCCUGCUCAACAUGCUCAACAUCUCCCCCUUCACCUACGGCAUGGGCAUCUCCCAGGUCUACGACGACGGCCAGACCUUCCCCUCCAGCGUCCUCGACAUCACCGACGAGGAGCUCCUCAAGACCUUCACCUCGGCUAUCACCACCAUCACCUGCAUCUCCCUCGCCACCAACCUCCCCACUCUCCCCUCCGUCAUCCACUCCCUCAUCAACACCUACAAGAAGGCCAUCUCCCUCGCCCUCGAAACCGAGUACAGCUGGGACGCCAUCGCCGAGCUCAAGGACCGCAUCGCCAACCCCGACGCCUACGCCGCCGCCGCCCCCGCUGCUGCUGCUGCUGCCGGUGGCUCCGGAGCCGCCGCCGCCGAGGAGACCAAGAAGGACGAGUCUGAGGCUGAGGAGUCUGACGAGGAGGGCUUCGGUGGUCUCUUCGACUAA